AUGACUGCUUCUGCCACUUCUGUGCCAGGGCUGGCGACAGCUGUCAGUGACGGGGGUCUGAGCCUGAGCAGUGGUGGCAGCAGCAGCAGCAGUUCUAUCCGUGAGGUGACAGGCUAUGUGCUGGUGGCUCUGAACCAGUUUGACUACCUGCCACUGGAGAACCUGAGGAUCAUCAGAGGAACUAAGAUGUAUGAAGAUCGCUACGCUCUGGCGAUCUUCCUCAACUACCGCAGAGAUGGGAACUUUGGCCUGCGCCAGCUGGGACUGAAGAACCUCACAGAGAUCCUACAGGGCGGUGUCUAUGUCGACCAGAAUAAGUUCCUGUGCCACGCAGACACCAUCCACUGGCAAGACAUCGUCAAAAACGCCCGCGUCAGCCCUCUGGUGGUGCCCACCAAUAGCAGUGUUACAUGUCAGAAGUGUCACGUCUCCUGUAAUGGUCGCUGCUGGGGCCCAAAGGAGGACCAGUGUCAGACCUUGACUAAAACAGUGUGUGCUGAGCAGUGUGACGGUCGCUGUUUUGGACCCUGGGUUAGUAACUGCUGCCAUCGCGAGUGUGCAGGAGGAUGCUCCGGACCCAAGGAUACAGACUGCUUCGCUUGCACCAACUUCAACGACAGCGGGGCAUGUGUGACCCAGUGCCCCCAGCCCCAUGUAUACAACCCCACCACCUUCCAGCUGGAAAGCAACCCCAGAGCCAAGUACACCUACGGAGCCUUCUGUGUCAAAAAGUGCCCACGUAAGGAAUGACAUACACACAACAACAUACAGCACACAUACUUUUGUGAAAUAAGGGGACAUAAAACAUCUGUGAAAUCAGAAUAAAACCACACACAUACAGUUGAAGUCGGAAGUUUAC